AUCUGUCGAGAAGUCGAGCAAGAGUGCUUCCUGGAGACACGUAAGAAGAUCACCCUCCCUAAAUCCACUGUCUCAGCCCGUGCAAAUGGUCGGACGAGCAUUCAAGACUUCAAUGCUACAAAGCGAUGGUUAACCCCAGCCGAAGAAGAUGUCGUUGUCGAGUUUGCGAUCGAUGCCGGCCUGCGUGGAUUUCCGUUGACCCACAGGAUGCUGAAAGACCAUGUCGAUGCGAUCUGUCGUGCGAAGCUUCCAGACAGCUUCCCAAAGGAUGGCGUGGGGAAGGAGUGGACUCAGCGCUUCAUGGAUCGUCACUCGGAUGCGCUC